CUCGAGAUGGGUUCAUGCCAUGGAAUGGUCUGGUCAGCAAGCUUUCACCUCAUCGCCUGAGAAGCCAUUUAUCGUCGAUGGUAAGCAGGCGGGAGAACUGAAGAGUCAUGGCCCUCUGAGUUUCUUAAAGGUUCAUGACGCAGGACACAUGGUUCCUAUGGAUCAGCCCCGGGCUGCAUUGGAGAUGUUGAGGAGAUGGAUGAAAGGAGACAUUGCUGAAGCUGCAUCAGAAUCUGAAGGCCUGGCUGCUGACAUUUGACAAACACCUUAAAUUAUAUGUUCUUGUAUAAAAUUUGAUGUGUUUGAGGUGUGAUUCUCUUUUUAGGAAGUUUCUUUAAAAGAAUUCAUGAUGUAAAAAAGGAUUAAUGACAUUAAAAUAAGGUCUUUGUUGUUUUUCCUAACUAAUUCAUGAGAUUGACUGAGACUUACUUUAUUUUUAUGAUUGAAGUUUUUCAUGGGGGUUUGGAUGGAGAUGGAUGGUCAACUCAAAUAGGAUAAUAUGAGUUUCAUUUUUAGGUUAGUAUAG